AUGGGGGAGGGGCUGCCGGUGUGUGUGGUGAACUAUGGCACCAGAUACACAAAACUAGGUUAUGCUGGAAAUACAGAACCACAGUUUAUCAUCCCUUCCUGUAUUGCUAUUAAGGAGUCAGCAAAAGUGGGUGAUCAAGCUCAGAGGAGAGUGAUGAAAGGUGUUGAUGACCUAGACAUCUUUGGUGAUGAAGCAAUAGAAAAGCCUACAUAUGCAACAAAGUGGCCAAUCUGCCAUGGAAUAGUUGAAGAUUGGGACUUGAUGGAAAGAUUUAUGGAGCAAGUGAUCUUUAAAUACUUAAGGGCAGCACCUGAAAUCUUUUUUCACCCAGAGUUUGCUAAUCCAGACUUCACACAACCUAUCUCAGAAGUAGUAGAUGAAGUAAUUCAGAAUUGUCCUAUUGAUGUCAGGCAUCCUCUCUACAAGAACAUUGUCCUCUCUGGAGGUUCAACCAUGUUCAGGAACUUUGGACGUCACUUGCAAAGAGAUUUGAAAAGGACCAUAGAUGACAGGCUGAAAUUAAGUGAGGAAUUGAGUGGCAGUAGAUUGAAGCCAAAGCCUAUUGAUGUUCAAGUGAUUACAUACCACAUGCAACAAUAUGCAGUCUGGUUUGGGGGGUUGAUGUUGGUCUCCACACCUGAGUUCUACCAAAUGUGCCACACCAAAAAGAAGUAUGAAGAAAUUGGACCUAGCAUUUGUCAUCACAAUGAUAGGCGUGUCAUAAAAUUGACUUCUAGUUAUCGGGGCUAG